AGAAUUUAAGUUACAUGGUGGUCAAAUUUGUGAUGCAGGUUGUGACAUGUCUUUCAAUUGUCUUUGUAAGCAAAUUGAGGAAGGGUUACAGGAGGGGUUUAGUGAAUCUGAAAUCAUCAGGGCUGUCCUUAAGAUAACCAAGUCUGGUACAUUUAGAGAGAUGUUGGUUAAUAAGGAUGAUCUCACAAUUGAUGGGUUGAAGAGAAUCUUGCACUCUCACAUUAGAGACAAAAAUGUAACUGAACUCUUUCAAGAACUUACUAGUGCCAGACAAAAUGACAAAGAAAGCCCACAACAGUUUAUGUACAGAAUAAUGGGUUUGAAGCAACGUGUUCUUUUUGAGUCACAACAGCGUAGUGUAGGCUUCAGCUAUAACAAAGACCUUGUACAGGGCACUUUUCUUCACACACUAUACCAGGGUUUAAAUGAGAGAAACAGUUACGUCAGAUGUGAUCUUAAACCUUUUCUCUCAGACAUGCAGGUUACUGAUGACUUGCUGUUGGAACAAAUAACAAAAUCGACAACCGAAGAAGAAGGGCGACUGAAAAGAUUUGGUGCAGUAGGCAAAAACAGACCAUUUUCAGCAAACACAGCUCAGCUUUCUCAAAAUGAAUAAAAUGCCCAGACAAAAAUUGAUGCAGAGUUGCAAGCAAACCGUGAUGCUAUCAAAGCACUAACUGCUCAAGUUUCUUCCCUGACAAAGCACCUAGCCCAGUUGUCUGCCCCCACUGAACUGGUGAAAAUUAAAGACUCCAGUUCACCUGCUAAUCGCUCCCAACCACCACUAUCCGACACAAGAGGUAAAUGCAAUGAUUGUGUGCAAAGAAACAACGUAAACUGUACUCACUGCUUUGUUUGUGGACAGGCAGGACAUCGUGCUGUUGGUUGUCUUCAACGAAAAACGCCGGGAAACGGGAAAAGGUCACUGGAGGGGGGCAACCAGCGAUCAUAAGAAGCCGUGAGCCCCAAGAAAUUCCCAAGCACUCACAGUCAAACUUACAACAACAGACAGACUCAAGAAAAAGAGUAGCUCAGCUCAUUGGUAAGCGAUGCAUGGUAUCAUGUUCCAUAGAUGGUGUACCUGUUCAGAUGCUGCUUGAUUCAGGAGCGCAAGUAACCAUGGUGGGCAGACCGUGGAUUGAGCAAACGUUACCUCACAUCAAAAUACAGCCACUUGCAUCUUUGUUGGUUGACCACUCUCUUGAGAUUUCGGCUGCCAACAAUACUGAAGUUCCCCUUGAUGGAUGGGCAGAGAUUGAUCUUCAAAUCUGUAGCCCGCAUCACGGGCAUGUGACAAUCAGAGUACCACUUCUCAUCAGUUGUGACUGUAACUACCCACUUUUAGGAAGCAAUGUUAUUGCAGAGAUUGUCAAAGGUAACAUUGAUCGAGACGAGAAUCUUGAUGUAACCAAAAUACUUAAGGAAGCUUUAAGUGUCAGUGACAGUGCCGUGGAAGCAUUAGUCUCCACUCUCCAGGCUGUCACAUCUGCAGAGCCACAACAACAUAACGUACGUCUUGGCAAGAGUGGUGUUAAUAUCCCUGCAGGCAAGGUUCGUGAAGUCUGCUGUAGAGUCAGGGGAUGGAACAGUGGAGGUACAAUGAUGUUUCAACCAAGCCCUGACCAUUAUUGUCCUGAGGGUUUAGAACUGUUCCCAGCCUUAGUUGAUGUUCCUGUCGGCUCCUCGAAGCGCAUUAGGGUCCCAGUUCAGAAUUCAACAAAACAUGAUAUCUAUCUUGCCAAGAGAACAGUUCUUGGUACUCUUGAAGAGAUACUCGAUCUAAAGCCAGUCAAGCAUUCCUCCAUGAGCUCUGAACCAAUGUCUUACAACACGGCCCACUUGUGUUCAGCUCAACUGUGUACUGACGAACCCACUUCGAAUCUAAGUAAUUCAAAGGUUGAAGAUAAAUGGCAUCCGCCUGUUGAUCUGUCUCAUCUCACGGUGGAAGAGCAGGGAAUUGUAAAAAGUAUGUUAUUUGAUCAGUCAGAUGUUUUUGCCAAAGAUGAUGCAGACAUCGGUUGUAUUCCGAACCUACAGCUUAAAAUCCACCUUACUGAUGACACUCCGGUCCAGAAGUCCUAUAACUCCAUUCCAAAGCCCUUAUUUCGAGAGGUAAAGGAUUAUGUACAAAACCUGCUCAAUCAUGGAUGGAUAAGGAAGUCUACAUCUCCUUAUUCGUCCCCGGUGGUCUGUGUUAGAAAAAAAGACAUGAGUUUACGUCUUUGUGUAGACUUCCGGGGCCUAAAUAGUAAGACACUCCCUGACCGCCAUCCUCUUCCCCGCAUUCAAGAUCUACUUGAUAACCUUGGUGGAUAUUCGUGGUUCUCCAUUCUUGACCAAGGCAGUGCAUACCACUAA